UAAAAGCUCAAGAAAACUCACGUCAUGACGAUAAACAGUAUUCCGGCACCCGAGGGCAUGCAUAUGUCUGGUGAUAUAGCCAAAAACUGGGAGGUUUUUAGAGCAGAAUUUGAGGAAUUUAUGCUCGCUACAGGUCUGACCGAAAAAACGAAUGCGGUGCAGGCAGCCAAGCUGAGACGGUUUAUGGGGAACGAACGAGUGCCGGCAUAUAUAUAUGCCCAACGUCACGCUGACCGAGGAACAAAAGAAAGACCCCAAAACAAUCUUGGAUGCGUUGGGGGAUUAUUUCAAGGCGGCAAAAAAUGUGAUUUAUGAGAGAUACACGUUUGGAUGCUGCAAACAAGGACCGGACGAGCCGAUCGAUAGCUUUAUAACAAAGCUGAGGGAAAAAGCAUCAUCAUGUGAGUACCGUGACCUAAAAGAUGAACUGAUUAGGGACAGGCUGGUACUCGGUAUUGCCAGCGAGAGCACCAGACGGAGACUGCUGCGUGAACGGGACCUAACGCUGCCAACAGCUGUGGAGAUUUGCCGCCUUGCAGAAUUGACGGAGUCACGCAUGAGGCUUAUUGAGAGUCCGCAGGCACAGGUGGACAGUAUUAAUUCUAUGGUGGACAGGCAAGGCGGACGACGCAAAAUACAGUGGAAAACAGCUGAAAGAAACACAGCGGCUGAGAGAGAGCAGCAGUGGACCUGCAAAUACUGUGGAAAUGGACACAAACGGGGCAGAGAGCAGUGCCCAGCCUAUGGUAAGACCUGCCGAGCAUGUGGCGUUUCAAAUCACUUUGCAAAAGUAUGUCAGGCCAGCAGCAGAGCAGAGAAAACAAGAAAAGUUAAUGUUGUUGAGGAUGUACAGCAAACUGAAGGGGACUCGGAUACAAGUGAAAACCUAUACAAUGUCACUGAAUAUGUGGGGAAUGUGAAAGCACCUGGACGCAAAUGGUUUGUACACCUACACCUGAAUAAGAAAAGACAGCUAUGCCAGCUAGAUACAGGGGCCACUUGCAAUGUUAUGGGCCGCCAGUUUAAAGAGAAACUGUCACCAAAGACAGCCUUACAGCCGACCAGAACAAGGCUAAAGCUGUACUCUGAUACAUACAUGCCAUCCCUGGGGAAAUUUCACACUGACUGUGUGGUCAGGGGGAAAAUACACAGACUUGUGUUUGAGAUAGUGAACACCAAACAAAAGCCCCUGCUCGGUGGUGCUGCAUGCACUGAUCUGGGCCUUGUGAAAUUCACUAUUCCAAGAGAACUACUGCCAGCGGAGGUGAACACAAUUGAUGCAAGCCAGUCUAUGCCACUCACAAAAGAAAUGCUACUGAAAGACUUUCAUGAUGUUUUCCAUGACCCGAUCGAGUCAGUCCCAGGUAAUAUUCAUUUCGAUCUGAACCCUGAAGUGACACCAGUCCAGUGCUCACCACGAAAUGUCCCUGUAGCGCUAAAAGCCCGGGUUAAGGAAGAGCUGGACAAACAUGUGAAAGCAGGCAACCUUACGCCAGUGACAGAGCCAACAGCGUGGAUAAGCAACAUGGUGACAGUAGCUAAACCAGACAAGAUAAGAAUCUGCAUUGACCCAAAGCCUCUCAAUCAGGCACUUCUCAGGUCCCAUUACCACAUGCCAACGCUAGAAGACGUCUUGUACAAACUGCCCAAGGCUCGUGUCUUCACACUGGUUGAUGCUCGUGACGCCUUUCUCCAGUGCAAGCUUGAUGAGGAAAGCAGCCGCUUGACGACAUUCUGGACCCCAUGGGGUCGGAUGAGAUGGCUCAAACUCCCGUUUGGAGUCUCAGUGGCGCCAGAGAUCUAUCAGCGCAAGCAACAUGAGCUGCUAUCAGGCCUGGCUGGCAUCGAGCCUAUUGCGGAUGACAUCCUGGUGGUCGGGUGUGGCGAUACGGACGCAGAGGCUGAAGAGGACCACAACACCAACUUAAGAGCUCUCAUGCAACGGUGCAGGGCUGUGAAGCUCAGAUUGAGUGAACGCAAGCUGCAGUUCAAGCUCAAAGCUGUACAUUUCCACGGCCAUGUACUGUCUACAGAAGGACUGAAAAUCGACCCAGAGAAACCUCAAGCAGUGUUGGACAUGCCGACGCCCACGGAUGCUAAGGCAGUGCAACGCAUGAUCGGGUUUGUGACAUAUCUGGCUAAGUUCCUGCCAGGGCUAUCGGAGAUCUGUGAGCCUCUUCGCAGACUCCUGGAUAAGGACACAGCAUGGCACUGGCUGCCAAAACACGAUGAUGCAAUACGCGAGAUAAAGCGGAUGGUCACCAACACGCCGGUUCUCAAAUAUUAUGACGUCACAAAGCCUGUAACGAUCCAGAGUUCCGACACCCCCUAUGUACGACAGGCGGUGUGUUCCAUGGACAGCUUUCAGGUGGAGGACUCAGAGCUGGAUCAGGCACAGCAUCUGGAUGUUACUGACUUCAGGUUUCGCCAAAUUGCCCAGCACACAGAGAUGGACGAUGUAUUACAAGCUUUGACAUCAGUAAUCCUCAGGGGAUGGCCUGAUUUCAAAGAGGACACCCCCCUCUUGGUGCGAGAAUACUGGCCCUUCAGGGAUGAGCUCAACGUGCAAAACAGUGUGCUAUACAGAGGGCAGUGCGUUGUUAUCCCUAAGGCCUUGAGGGAAGAGUUGUUAAGACGCAUACACACCAGCCACAUCGGGGGGGAGGCAUGUUACAGGCGCGCCAGGGAUACGCUGUUCUGGCCAAACAUGAGAACAGAGAUAAAAGACUAUGUGUCGAACUGCUCUGCAUGCAAUGAAUAUGCACGAGCCCAGCAGAAGGAAUCAUUGAUGUCGCAUGAUAUCCCAACACGUCCAUGGCAAACAGUGAGUAUGGAUAUCUUCUCUUACGCUGGCCAAGAUUUCAUCGUCCUAGUGGACCACUAUUCAGACUUCUAG